GGAGACCAGGAGACAGCGAGCAAAGACAAAGUCAAAGAAGAGGAGAGACAUCAUCGCUUCACUGAAUUCACCGCAUCAUCCAAGAGACAAUCAGAUGUAGUUUUGGAGAAGAAUCAGUCACAAUGAUUUUCAAGACUUGCAUCUUUGUCCUUAUCCUGACUGCAUCCAACAGUCAGCCGGCUGAGGGAAGCCUGAAACUGAGGUGCCCCCGGAGACUGAGCGCAACGGCUCCAACCACUGCAGGUGCCCAAGGAUCAACAACAAGCAAAUCAACAACAACAACCACUGCAGCUGAAUCAACAGCAACCACGCUGCCUCCAAAACCUAUGGUCACAGAAACAACCACUGCUUUACCAUCAUCACCCACAGCUGCCUCAACAAAUACCACAGCAACACCACCAGAACAGACCAAAACCACAACCUUAUCAACAAUGAUAGCAGUAACAACAACAGGACCAUCACCAGCGGCAACUACAGCAAGCGCGACGGCAGCAGCAACAGCAGCGGCAGCAGCAAUAGCAGCAACGGCAGCGGCAACAGCAGCGGCAGCAGCAGCAGGCACUACGGGGCCCGCAGCUGAAGCAGCGGCAGCAGCUGCAGAGGCUGCCACCACAGCUGCACAGGAAGCAGCAACAGCUUCUGCAGCAGUCUUAAAUGGAUCACUAUCACCAACAGAGGCAGCCAAACAGGCAGAGUUAGCAGCCACAGCAGCCAAAGCUGCAGCAAGUGCAGCAAAACGAGCAGCCGAAACAGCACCAGGGUCAACGGCAGACAUAGCAAGAAAAAUAGCAGAGGCGUCAUCAGACGCAUCAGCUGCAGCAGAUAAAGCAGCAGAGGCAGCAGCAAAGGCUGCAUCUGCAGCAACAGCAGAAACCGCAAAGGAAGCCGCGGCAGCUGCAACAGAGGCAGCUGCAGCUGCAGCAAGAGCUCUGGCAGCAGUACAGGUGGCAUUAAUGGCAGCCAAACAACCAACAACUGGAGGAGACACAAACACAACAAUGAUGAAAUUAUCAAUUUUAGCAGCACAAACAGCAGCAGAAACGGCUGCAGCAAAAGUAGCUAAAGCAAAAGCAGCAGCUGAAGCCGCAGCUGCUGCUGCAACAGCAACCACUGAAGAAACAGCAGCUGAAAAGGCAACAGAAGCAGCUGAAACAGCCAAGGAAGCAACAGCAGCAGCAAAAGUAGCUGCAGCCGCAGGAAAAGCAGCAGCAUCUGCAGCUGCAGCAGCAGCAGCCCUUGCUGGAGCAACACCUCAACAGCCCACAACUACAGCAACAACAACAACAACAAUAACAACAACUGAAACCACAAGAAAAUCACCAUCUACAUCUGCAUCACUACCUCUACCGACAGCCACGGCAGCAGCAACGGCAGCAGCAACAGCAGCAACAGCUGCAGCAUCAGCAGUAGCAGCAGCAGCAGCAGCGACAACAACAGCCACUGCAGGACGAACAUCUGCAGCUACAAAAAAGGCCUCAGUAGCUGCACUAGCGGCUGCUGCUGCUGCCGCAGCAGUGGCAGAGGGGAAAGCAUCACCAUCAGUGGCAGCAGAAGCAGCAGCAAAUGCAGCAGAUGCAGCUACAGCAGCUGCUACAGCAGCAAUUGAAGCAGCAACAGCAGCACCGGCAGCGACAAAGGCACUAGCACAGCAAACGCUUUCGGCAUCACUAAAAGCUGCUGCAGCAGCAAAAGCAGCGGCAACGGCAGCAAGAUUAGCAGCAACAGCAGAAACAACAGCAGAAACUGCAGCAGCUGCUACAAGAGCUGCACAAAUAGCAGCAGAAGAAGCAGAAGAAGCAGCAGAAGCUCUAAAAGCAUCACUUAAAGCAGCACCAGUGGGAACAACAGCCGCAAUAAAAUUAGCAAUAGUUGCAGCCCAGACAACGGCAGCAAUGGCUGCAGAAGCCGCAAAGAGAGCUACAACGGUGGCAGAAACAGCUGCAGAAGCAGUUGCAGCAACAUCAGGAGAGACAGCAGCUGAAAAGGCAGCAGCAUCCAUACAGAAAGCAAAAGAGGCAAUAAAUGCAGCAAAUGCAGCAGGUGCUGCCUCUGAAGCAGCAGCAGCAGCAGCAGGAGCAGCAGCAGCAACAGCAACAACCACACAGUCAACAACAGCACCAACCACAUCACCCGCCAUAACACUGGCACCAACAGCAGCAGCAAUCACAGUGAAGGCAGCAUCAGCCUCUGCAGCAGCGGUGGCAGCCUCUGCAGCAGCAGCAGCAGCCACUUCUACAGCCGCUGGAGCAACAAUUUCCCCAGCUGCAGCAAAAGCAAUAAAGGCUGCAAAAGAAGCAGCCAGAGUUGCCACAUUAGUGGCAACAGGAGGAGAACUAGCAACAUUGGCGGCUUCAGCAGCAACAAAAGCUGCCGAAGCUGCCAAAGAAGCAGCAUUGGCAGCAGCGCUGGAAGCAAGAGCAGCACCAGCAUCAAAAGCAGAAGCACUUGGGCGACUAGCUGAUGCAUCAUCUUUAGCAGCGAAGGCUGCUGAAGAAGCAGCAACAGCAGCAACAAUGGCAGCCUCUGGUAACACGGCAGCCAUCAAAGAAGCUGCAAACACAGUGGCUGAAAGAGCAAUAAAUGUUGCCGAAAUAUUAAAAACAGAAUUAUCGUCUGCCAGCGGGCACACGGCAGCAGCGACACGUUUAUCAUUAUCAGCUGCACAAGCAGUGGCAGAAAUGGCAGAAGCAACAGCACUGACAGCAUCAGCAGCAACUGGAACAGCGACAGAGGGCACUGCAGCUCUGAUGGUCGCAGCAGCACAGGCAGCAGCAAAAAGCGCAGCGGCAGCAGCAACGGCAGCAGAAAAUGCACUCCCAAAUGCAGGUGUCAGUACAUCCACAGUGCUAUCAACUAAUGAUGCACCGACAACAGCACCACCUCCAGCCACACAAGGACAAACUGCAUCUGUGACGACAUCCACAGCAGCAGCAGCAGCGGCAACAGCAAUAGCAGCCUCAACAGCAGCAGCAGCUGGAGCAACAACGUCUAAAGAAGUAGAAACUGCAGUAAAGGCUGCACAAGUAGCAGCAAGAGCUGCCACAUUAGUUGCAGAAGGACAAGCACCAGCAACACUGGCAGCAAGAGCUGCGACCAAAGCUGCAGAAGCUGCAGAAGCAGCUGCACUAGCAGCGAUACAAGCAGCAUCAGCAGCACCAGCAUCAACAGCAGAUAUAGCAGCAAAGAUAGCAGAGGCAUCAUCAAAAGCUUCACUGGCAGCAAGGAAAGCAGCAAUAGCAGCAACAAAGGCAGCUUCAGGCACAGCAACACCAGAGGCCAUUACAGCAACUGCAGAAGUCGCAAAGACUGUGGCAGAAGCAGCAGAAGGAGCAUUAGAAGCGUUAUCAGCGGUCACAGCAGAAGAAGCAGCAGGAUUGACAGAGGUUACACGUUCAGCAAUAGCAUCAGCACAGACAGUGGCAGAUAUGGCGGAAGCAACAGCAAUUACAGCAGAAGCAGUGGCAGAAGCUGAAAGAGCAAGCAACACAGAAAUACUGAAGUCAACAGUAAGAGCAGCAGUAAGAGCUGCAACUGCAGCAGCAAACGCAGCAGAAGCUGUUCUGCCAACGGCGUCUCAAGGGACAGCAGCAAACUUAACCCCAACAUCCACCAGUUUCAUAAGUCAGGCACCAAACAACAACGCAGCAUUGCCAGAGGAAAACACGUCCACAGCAGUAGCUGCUGGUUCUUCUCCUGUUACAGGAGCAGCUGAAGCCCAGAAGGCAGCAGUAGUAGGGUCGACUGCAGCAGCAGCAGCUGCAGCAGCCGCUGCCUCAGCAGCAGCUACAGCUGCUGGACCAGCAGCAUCCGCCGCAGCACAAAAUGCAGCUAAAUAUUCAAAACUAGCUGCGAGAGCAGCCAUAUUAGUUGCAACAGGGGCAACAACAGUGGACACGGCAGCAGAUGCAGCAAGAAAAGCAGCUGAAGCAGCAGAUACAGCGGCGAAAGCAGCAACACAAGCAGCGUUAACCACAUCACCAGCAUCAGAAGCACUACAAGCAGCACAGAUAGCAGCAUCAGCAUUAAAAUCAGCCAAAGCAGCACAAAAAGCAGCAACAGCAGCAACAACGGCAGCAUCUACAAAAGCAACACCAGAAACAGUGCUAGCAUCCGCAGAAGCUGCCAAAGCAGUGGCUGCACAAGCAGCACAAGCAGCAGAGCAAUUACAGGACCUAUUAUCAGACGCCACAGGGUCAACAGAAGCAAAGCGUGCAUCGAUAGCAGACGCACAAGCAGUGGCACAGAUGGCACAAGCAACAGGAAUAGCAGCAACUACAGCAAUGGAGGCAGCAGUGGAGGCAGCAUCAACAACAACAGCACAAAGUGCAGCAGAAUUAGAAGCAGUAAUAGCAUCAACAGCGCAGGUGGCUGCAGUGUCCGCUUUAGCAGCAGCAACAGCAGCUGAAGCAGCAGUGGCAAGAACUUCCUCUGGCAACAUAACAGCAGCAACAGCAACAACAGCAGCAGGAGCUGGAGUUGGAGCUGAAGCCGAAGCCGGAGCGGGAGCCGGAGCGGGAGCCGGAGUUGGAAACAACCAAGCAACAACAGCAGCUGCAGUGAACAACAAAAUGAGCCUCGUUUGUGUGGCAGUGGCUGUCACAGCAGCCGUGCUUCUCUAACUGGAGCUGUAGAGUGUAAAGAUAUAUUCAGCAUUUUAUUAUCUCACUUUUCUAAUUUAUUAUGUGUAUGUCAAAAUCAUGAAAACAAAUAUUUAACCUUUUAAAUAUGUGUAAAUAAUUCUAUUUAUUCUCAUAUUUAUUGUGUGCCAUUAGACUGUGGAUCACAUGUCCAACAGGAAGUGAUCUCUAGAUUAAAGACAAGUUAUUGUACUCAUCCUGUGUGUGUGUGUGUUACUAUUGAAGGAAACUGAUUAUAUAUUUUAUGAUAUCUGUAAUUGAUUGUAUUUUCAAUUGCGAAUGUGAAAACCUAAUCAAU